AUGACAAUUCUCGCAAUCAAAAAGUCUUCUUUAUUUUUCUUCAGUUGGGUUUUCAUGAGCAAAUUUUAUAUGCAGAUUGAUUAUUCACAUAGUAAAGUAACUUACACAUUAUUUUAGGAUGGAUUUGUUGUAAAAUAGCUCGAAAACUCUUGGAAACUACAAAAAUAGAUAUAGCGGUAGUUAAAAGAAAAGCACAAUAGAAAGACGAAAGGUUGGAGAUAUAAAUGGAAAUUUAGUUAAAAUUUAGAAAUAAAUAUAUAAGCUAAAAAGCAAACUAAAUAUACUUUGUGUCUUAUUUUCUUAGAAGUAAGGUAGUUGACAAGACCUUCUGUUUCAUCGCAAAGGUCUCUCUGUUCCUUCAAGUAAUAUGGAAUAAAUGGUUCAAUAAGCAGUGCAUUAUCAAUCUAAAUUCAGAUGAAAAAAUAUUUUAGCAUAGGUUUGAUGAAGGUUUAUUUGUAACUUAUCGCAACUGAAAUGAAAAUUAAAUAUUUCAUUGUUUUACUGAAAUUAUCAAAGCGCGAAUUAAGUAAAAAUGAAAUGAUGAAUAAAUUUAUUCACACGGUUUUGAGGCACAAUUUUAAUGAUAUUUUUUAAAUGAAUAAAUAUAAGAAAGAUUCCAGAUGA